AUGUCCCUCACCAAAGACGAAUUCUUCCAAACCUGGCUCGCAGCCAAAGAAUCCCAAGAACCACACAUCAUCGAAACGGCCAGGACGCGCUACCAACACACCGAAGCACCGAACUACACAACCGUCCCCGAAUCCAAUGAUCCAGAUGCGAAGGCCUUCGAAGCGCAUUUCGAAAAUUUUCUCCAGAAUCCCGAUGUAGCGAGCCAGCAGGUCUCAACUUUCGCGAGUGGUCGGGUGUGGCGUUCUAGGGUAUUGGAUCUCUUCGUCCCGCCGCAGUUCGCGCUCUGGUUUCGUGUGGGCGUCAAUGGGAAAGUCUUCAACUCGACCAGGGACACGAAUACUUUCAGCGUCAAGUCAGGCGAGAAAGGAGAACUGUAUCUCGCGAACCAGUUCCCCGCUUGGUGGCAGGAGAAAAGCGGGCGAGUCGUGGGGGAUAUAGCGAUUUACGAGAACGGCGGGGAUGGGAAGAUAGAGGUUUUGGUGGUGGUUUGGAAAGACGGGGUAGAUGUUGGGAAACUCCUCUCAAACUUGAGUAACGAUUCAGAACUCAUCAAGGCCGAAUCUCAACGCCCGCAAGCUGAGUCCGCGACGAACCUCCCGCCGGAAUGGUACCAUUUCUGGUUUUUGGGGACAUCAACCCUAUAUAGCUCUCUUUCCACUCAAGACCAUAAGAAAUGCAUCCACGCAAAACCGGACAAGAGUAUCGGGAUUCUGAUGAAAGAUCUGGAACCGACGCUUGUGUUUGAGAAGGGUGUCAAAGUGAAGUGGGAUUGGAAGAUUGAUGCGCUGCCGUCGAGGUUGAGGGAGGAUACGACGUUUAGUCAUGAUUAUUUGAGUGUUGCUUUUGAGUUUGAGAACGGGAGGGACAUAACCUACACUUGGUCCUGGGAGCUGCCUGUCGAAUAUGGUUAUUGGUGUCCCUUGCCGACCUGGGAGGCCCGCGAGUACCACGUCGUGAUCCGAUCCGGCACGACUGGUCUCGGCGAGUGGCUGCACGAAGAGCGAGAUCUCUUUGCGGAUUAUGAGAAGUAUAUUGGUCGAAAGGGUGGCGUUCCUGAGAGGAUUACGAGAGUGUGGCUGAUUUCCAACGGGGUGUUCCAGAGAUUGGAGGGAGAGAUGACGGCCGGGGAGCUCGGAAGAUGA